UUAUGCACAAGUUUCUUCAGUGGAAACUGCCAGCUCUUCUCAUCUAAUCCCCUAUAUCAAAGAUAGAAGGUUCUGGCUCACCAGGAGUCCAUAUUAGCUAUUGAGACCCGAUUGAGGAUGGAAGGUGUUGAAUUUAAGGAAGAGUGGCAAGAUGAAGAUUUUCCAAGGCCCCUACCAGAGGAUGAUAAUGUUGAAGCAGAUAUACUAGCUGCAACUGGACAUCAAGGUCAGCAUGAAGUGAAUGGAAACAAAGUUAGGAAGAAAUUAAUGGCUCCAGAUAUUAGCUUAACACUGGAUCACAGCGAGGAAUCUGUGUUGUCUGAUGACUUAGAUGAGAGUGGGGAGAUCGAUUUGGAUGAUGUAGAGACUCCUUCCGAGAACAGUAAUGAAUUUGAAUGGGAAGAUGAUCUUCCAAAACCAAAAACUACUGAAGUCAUUAGAAAAGGUUCGCUUCCUGAAUACACUGCUGCAGAAGAGAGAGAUGAUGGGCGACGCUGGCGUAUGUUCAGGAUUGGAGAACAGGAUCACAGGGUGGACAUGAAGGCAAUUGAACCCUAUAAAAAAGUUAUCAGUCAUGGAGGUUAUUAUGGUGAUGGGUUAAAUGCCAUUGUUGUGUUUACUGUUUGCUUUAUGCCUGAAAGCAGUCAGCCUAACUACAGAUAUUUAAUGGAUAAUCUGUUUAAAUACGUUAUUGGCACUUUAGAACUGUUAGUAGCAGAGAACUAUAUUAUAGUUUACUUAAAUGGUGCUACGACACGGAGAAAAAUGCCAAGUUUAGGCUGGCUCAGGAAAUGUUACCAGCAAAUUGAUAGAAGGUUAAGGAAAAACCUGAAAUCGUUAAUAAUAGUUCAUCCUUCUUGGUUUAUCAGAACACUUCUGGCCGUCACAAAACCUUUUAUUAGCUCAAAAUUCAGCCAAAAAAUUAGAUAUGUCUUUACUCUGGCAGAACUCACUGAACUCAUCCCCAUGGAAUACGUUGGCAUACCAGAAUGCAUAAAACAGUAUGAAGAAGAAAAGUUUAGAAAGAAACACAGAAGAAUUGACCAAGAGCUUAAUGGAAAACAAGAACAGAAAAGUGAACAGUAAGACUGAAGACUCUGCUGGUGGAAUGAUGCAUUUUUUUCAUUUACAAUGCAUUCAUUAGUCUUUAUUAUAUAAUGUUAUAAAAGGUGCCUUGAUAUAUCUCUGAACUUGUACACAGGGGACUGUUGUCUACUGUAUUGGUUUGAAAUUCUUGACUCUAAUAGCUCCUUUACCAUGUAAUCAUUUUCUACUGCUAAAGUCAAAGAACCUUAUGUUUAUAAGGAGGUAUUCUUGCAAUUAUCUAAAUGAUGCAUGUUCAGUACAAUAUUUAUAUACCUAAAUGUUAAAGGAAAGAGAUAAUAUAUUUUUAUGACUUUUUGAACAAUGUUUUAUUAUGUGUCCCUGCAGAAUGAAUUCUUUUGCAGGUAGACAAGGCCAUAAAUGCUGUCAUUGUUUUGUAAAGUGCAUGACUGUUUUUUGCUGUAAAUAGUUAAAUACAUUUCCUGAAAGAUUUCAAAACCUAAUGUUUUUAGAUGGCAGUGUUCAUGUAGUGCACAUUUGAGACAACUGAAGAUAACCAUUUUUGUUCAUGUGUCUAAUACAAGUAGAACUCAUUUUCACUCGUAGAAUGAGCUUGAGCUUUGGUUUCUUCCAUAUUUUUGGGGAAAAAAAGAAUUGUAGCUCUGAACGUUCACUUCUUGUUCACCACCUUUUAACCUAGUUAAGCCACACUGGAGACUAACUAGUUCACGUUACUAAUAACAAACUUUUCACCAUUAGAUGAUUAGUUUAAAUUCUGCUCAGGUGCUUAGUAGAUAAUCGCUGUCUAGUGAGUGAUCAGUGUGAAAUUACAUCAAUCCAGUUACUUUUGGGUGAGUGUCAGUUGGCACUAACUGUAACUCUGUUCAGUCUCAGCAGAUGCAUAAAGAAUUGCAUGGGCAUAGACCUUUCAGCCAUAAAAGUUGCCCAUUCAGGUCAAGAUCGAAGUACCCUAGAAAGGAGGUGUGGAUAGUCUUGCACUGCCUUUACUUUGUAGAUGGAGAUGUUCUAUCUCCAGUGCUAUUGGGCGCUUCUCACAAGCACUAAAUUCACUUUAAAGAAUGCAAUGAGUCUUUUUCCACAUGUGGUUAUUCAAGACGUAGCCACAAGUUUUCACUUGGUGUUCUUGGGCACAAAAAUUGAUUUUUUCUAUUAGCAUAGCUAAAUUAUACUAUGUUCUGGGCAUAUCAUGUAAUGAAAAUAUGUAAGUCUUUUAAAAUUUACUAUUUGGUAAUCGUCUAUUUUGCCAGGUGUGUGAAAUAAAUCCAGGUUGGAAGUAUAAACAUUUAAAUGACAUUGAAACAAAUAUUUUCACUUCUGUUUUUACUGCAGUGUUCACUGCUUUUGUCGUAAUUAGGGUUGCCAGAUACUUUCACAAAAAAUCCUGAACAUGAAGGAAAAAAGUUGAGCAAAAAAAAAGGGGGGGAGGGUUAACCAAAGUUGUUGAGCUCCUCCUGCCCCUCCCCAAAAAAGUCACUGCAUCUUUAAAUCAACACGCUUACUUGCUCCACCCGCCCCUGCCAGACAUGGCAGGGAAAGAAUGUCUGGUAUUUUACAUGUCCAGUAUUUUCUGGUUUUUUGUUGUUGUUGUUUUUUAACGGACAGAGGCCACAAAUACCGGACUGUCCAGGCGAAAACCGGACACCUGGCAACCCUAGUCAUAAUCACAAAACCAAAAAUCCUCAUCUGAUAUUCUUUCUAAAUAGUAUAUUUUUGGAAAUAUCAGUAGUAUCUCUCAGUUCUUACACACAAUCAAAAUAAAUCCAGUAUACUUACAAAAGGUAGGUUUCAACAAGAUGGUUACACCUCAGUUAGGUAUAGCACUCAUAGGCUAAUCAUACAACUGUGAUUACUAUCCUUUCAAUCCUUUCAGACUCCUCACUAUGUCUAAUCAACUAUGAUAGGUGCAGUAUCAGCUAAUUCUGAUGUCAAGAUCAGGGCUGUCUGCCUCUGAACUGCAGGGAUCUGUUUAACACAUGCUUCAAGGAAUCCUUCUCAAGGCCUGCUGUCCUAAUCAAAAUAUGUAUCUGACUCCAUCAUCAGUUUGUGUAGAUUUAAUGUGCUGUGUCUUCUGUCUAAAUAGGCAACCUUAUCUUCAAGUUGCCCUAUAUGCAUUUUUGUAAGGCUCCUGUCUUGGUCCGAAAGCAAAGAACAUAUAUGAAGAUACUUUCUUCUGAAGCUAGGAUCUGAUGGGUGACCUUGAGCUAGUCACUUCAACUUACCUCCAUUUCCCCACUUGUAAAAUGGAUAAGAUAUUGACCUUUGUUGUAAAGGACUUUGGUAUCUACAAACACUGCUACAUAAAUGCUUGGUGCUGUCACUUCUAUUCCUCAUUCUAUGUAUCAAAUAAUGUCAACUUCAUCUUAUUGGCUGAAACCUGUGUACUUCUCUAGCCUAGCAAAACAAAUGAGUAAAAUUCCAAUACUGGCCAAGUGCAAAGUCUGUAUAGGCAUGCAGAUCUGGAAAUCUUUUGAUUUCAUUUUUCUAGCCUUUAAGCUGAAUAUAUUCUGCUCUACCUGAAGAAGUAGAGGUCAUCCUCUCAUUUCAAGUAUUUUUCUUCAGAUAAAGAUGCUCUCUACCAAAAGAAAUUUCUUUUAGAAGUGGGAUCCAACAGUUGACUUGGAUUGAUGCAUUGUGAUGACACAAUUAAAUCAAUCUCAGAUUAUUGAAAGAUGUCAUUUGUUAUAAGUAGUGAACACAAUAGCUAAAGAUUGUUCUAUUUAAAGCAAGUUGGUAGAAUUUUUACGAGACAUUUUAUUCCAUUCUUUCUCCAUCUUCUUCAUUGCUUCCUUUUUUUUCCCCCACACUUGCUUCUCCUUUACUCUUACCUCCUACAAGUUGAUGACAAUAAUCUUAAACAAACAGAACGUGUUUUGUGGAAUUCGCGGUUCUACUGUAUUUUGUAGUCGACAUGCUCAGUAAUUGCAAAAGGUGGGACUUCUGCUUCUUGAUGAUUAAAGGAAGUGUGUGGAGCUUUUUUUUGCUUGCUUUUUGACAUUUAAAAAGGUUUCAUCUUUGCUAUUUUUCUGACAGAUUCUCUAAACUGGAGCAUUAAUUGGUUUGUGAUAGCAGAGAUGCAAAGAAAGUGAAAUUUGAGUAGAUGCUGAAAAAGGGUCUUUUUAUACAACCCAAAUAAAAUAAUUUUCUCACAGUAACUUAAAUGUAGGCAUGUAAAUGCUUAACCACUUAACUGGUAAGCUUCACCCGUUAACAGUUCCGGGGGGCUAAAACAGCUCCCUGCCUACCCUAGCCAGGGGGAUGUUUCAGCCCUGGCAGGGCCUGCUAGAGCAGCCCCUGUCAGUGGCUGGCCCAGCCUCCUCCCCUCGUCCCCCACCACUGGCUCCCCAGGAGCGGGGUCAGAGACGGCUCCAGAGCCCCAUAGCGAAACCUCCCACCUGGGAGCGGGGCUGGCAGCAACAGGCUCUGCAGUGCAUAUAGCUGUGUAACUGCUAUAUGUUACUUCUUUUAAAAUAAAUUUUUACAUCCCUACUUAAAUGCCUUAUAAAUGCCAUGAGAAACUUUUAAGACUCAGAUCUCCCAUACCCAACACACGUAAGGAUUUCAAAGCUAAAAACGUCUGUUUAAUUUGAACUGCCAAAUUUCAUUUAAAAGGAAAGACUUUACUAAUCAGUACUUAGAGACGGGGGAGUUGUAUCAUGCAUUUUAGUGGUAAGCUAUAAAUAUUACUAUAUUGAUCAAUGUUCCCUCUAAUAUUGAUCAAUGUUCCCUCUAAUUAUUUCCAUCCAUGUGAGGAUUUUUUUCCACAUGUGUGGAAUAAAUGAUGUGCACUAAGGCAUGUAUAAAAGUUCACCACCUGUAGAAACUAAAAACCUAGACGUGGGCGCACUGAUAAACUGCUGGACAGCAUUUGAAUCACUUCUGUGUAGAUGCAGAAGCGCACUGCUUACAGGGAACACUACUCUUGAUUUAAUCACAGUUAACUCAUGCGAUUAAAUAAAAUUAAUCAUGAUUAAAAUUGUGAUUAAUCAUGUCUUUAAUCUUACUGUUAUGCUAUAAUAGAAUACAAAUUGAAGUGUAUUAAAUAAUUUAGAGGUUUUCUACCUUUUCAAAUACAUGAAUUUCAAUUAUACAAUACAAAGCUUUGUAUUGUUAAAAAUGAUUGCACUGUAAAAAUGAUUAAAAACAGUAUUUUUCAGUUCACCUAACAUGCAUACUGUAGUGCAAUCUUUCUGUAAUUUAAAAAUUUAAUUGAACAUACCUGCAUUUGAAAGGAAAAGAAAACUUAAGACCCUACAAGUCCACUCAGGUUUUACUUGUGCUGCCAGUUGCUAAGACAAACCAUUUGUUCACAAGGAAGCAUGCUCCCUGCUUCUUAUUUGUAAUUUCACCUGAAAGUGAACAGGCAUUCAUGUAACACUUUUGUACCUGUCAUUAUGAGCCAGAUAUACUAAACAUAUGUAUGCCCCUUCAUGCUUCAGCCAUGAUUCCAGAGGAUAUGCUUUGAUGAUGAUGAUGCUUGUUUAAAAAAAAUAGGGAGUACUUCAAAGCUGUAGUGCUGCACAAGUGACCCUGGCUCAGAUGUGCGGUGCUUCCCCUUUGAACAUCGCGUGGAGCCCAGGUUCAGCUGGAGACUCCCCAGCUGAUCCCAGGCUUCACGCAGCAUUUCCACGGAAUCCACGAUCAACUGGAGAGACCCAAGCUGACCAAAGAGGAAUGUUGAAGUGCCUAUCGACCAGUUGAUGGAAAUUCUGUCGACUACUCGACUAGUAAACUAACCGAUAUUUAACAUCCUUAGUCUGCACAGGGAGCAGUUUUUAAACUGGCUCCCCUUGUAGACCAGCUCCCACCUGCCACCCAGUGCUGCUGCCUGUGAUAGAGAGGCAGCAGCGUGGGGUAUCGGGGCUCUCCGGGAGUGGGGGUUGGGAGCACACUGGCUGGCUGUCAUGUAACAGAUAAGAUUUCAUGCGGUUACAUGGCUAUUCAGUUACACUGUAUCUAACAUCCCUGAUGCAAACACGCCUGUUCUCGCUUUCAGGUGAUAUUGUAAACAAGAGUCAGGCAACAUUAUCUCCCCUAACUUCAACUUUAAUGAUCAAAAGAUUGCACAAAAGUACUUGUAUGAGGUGAAUUGAAAAAUAUUAUUUCUUUUGUUUUUACAAUGCGAGUAUUUGUAAUCGCAAAUAUAAAUGAGCACUGUACACUUUGAAGUUUGAUUUGAAAUUGAUAUAUUUGAAACUACAGAAAGCAUUCCAAAAUAUUUAAAUGGUGGCAGUCUCAUAGUUUGAAAGCAUGAUUGUGUGAUUAAUCAUGAUUAAUAGGCUGUCAGUUAAAAAUUAAACACUAGUCUCAACUCAUUUUCCAGCAGCUGGCUCUGUCUGUAUCAACAAAACACCAAUAUUUGCUGAGAACAGCAAGCUGAUGUCAAAUAAUUCUGAUGGUUUAAACUUUUAGUAAUUCUUAACUUUUAAAGACUAUAUAAGUCAUUUAUCAGUGAUGGAAUUAAAAGAUGACAAACUUUAUUGAAAAUUAUAAUAGGAAAGAUGUAGAACUAAGACUUCAACUUUUUGAACCAGCAUUCCCACCCACUUGCUUCAUGUCUGAUGAUUUACUGAUAGACUUGGAUGUGUGUUG